CAUCUUUAUUGGUAUCAUUUUCCAAGUUCAUCCCAUAGCAACAAAAGAACCAUAUAAUAAGAUCUAUUAUAUUUUACAUAUUUAGGGCCAGCUUGAAUCUUUUUUCUGUAUAAUGCCUAGCAAAAAUUUUGAAACUAGACAUUAUGAGCGCCACACUGAUCAUUAUAGCUUAUAUGAAGAUAGAGACCCUUUUUAUACCUAUGGCCCCUUUCGCAUUGUAACAAUUUUCAUGGCGGUUGUAUUUCUUGUUGCUCUGUUCAUUGGUGUCGUCUUAUUACUCUUUUAUGCAUCUGAUUUCGUAGAGGAUCACCCAACUUAUUCAAAAAUGGUCUUACAGAGACUUAUCGUGGGCAUUGCUGUUGUACAUCUUCUCAUUAUGAUAAUAGAUCAGCUCAGCUGGUGGCGUUCUAUCCUAAGUUUACUAAUCAACGUGUUAUAUUGGAACCUUGUCCGCAGGUUUCCCCCAGCUCCCAGCGAGAAUGGCACUAUUUUCAUUGUUGCUUUAGUUAGCGUUGUUGUGGAAAGCGUUGCUUGGUGGUUUCUGCUUGUCCAAUUUGAGUAUAAUAGCCUGUUUGUAGUUGGUUCAUUCUUCAUUCUUCUCUGGAUUGUUCCCUUAGGCUUGCUUAUGUCAUGUUCGAUGGAGGAGUCGUACUUACCGGCUGUGGGUGGUAACCACAGGUCCGUCCACGGCAACCUCGAUGGGGUUUCUAGGGGACAUGGAGAUUCUGUCCGACGGAAAACUAUCUUUAACUCGAUUGCGGAGUUGUUCAAAAGGCAACAUAUAUGAUCAUAAUGUUGACUUAAAUCCAUUUUUCAAGAUUUAUCCAUUCUACUAAUUAUGAAACUUAUUUGGGAAAGGAGGUUGGGUAUUGGUAGCUGCGACACA